CGAGGAGGACGCGCGAGACGUACAGCGGCUCGACUCGGGCGCACGGCUUCGCAUCGCCUCCUCUCCCUCCGGCCCAGAAAAGGGACCCUCUGCAGAUCUCUGGAGCUCCAUCCCUAUGCAGCUUUCUCCUACUUGGUCCUCAUGCAGGAUGCUGUGCUGUCUGCUCCUUUGUGAAUGUCUGUGGCUGAUAACUGGUUAUGCUCAUGAUGAUGACUGGAUUGACCCCACAGACAUGCUUAACUAUGAUGCUGCUUCAGGAACAAUGAGGAAAUCUCAGGUGAAAUAUGAUAUUUCAGAGAAAAAAGAGGUCAGUCCUAACUUGUCUGCUGAUGAAUUGUCAGAAUGUUACAGCAGAGUUGAUUCUUUAACUCAUAAGAUUGCUGAGUGUGAAAACAAAAAAAGGAAAGACUAUGAAAGUCAAAGCAAUCCUGUUUUCAGGAGAUACUUAAAUAAGAUUUUAAUUGAAGCCGGAAAGCUCGGACUUCCUGAUGAAAACAAAGGCGAUAUGCAUUAUGAUGCCGAGAUUAUACUUAAAAGACAAACCUUGUUAGAAAUACAGAAGUUUCUCAACGGAGAGGAUUGGAAACCAGGAGCCUUGGAUGAUGCACUAAGUGAUAUUUUAAUUAAUUUUAAGUUUCAUGAUUUUGAAACAUGGAAGUGGCAAUUUGAAGAUGCCUUUGGAGUGGAUCCAUAUAAUGUGUUGAUGGUGCUUUUGUGUCUGCUCUGCAUUGUGGUGUUAGUAGCUACCGAGCUGUGGACGUACGUUCGUUGGUACACCCAGUUGAGACGUCUUUUAGUCAUCAGUUUUCUCAUCAGUUUGGGAUGGAAUUGGAUGUAUUUAUAUAAGCUAGCCUUCGCACAGCAUCAGGCUGACGUUGCCAAGAUGGAGCCCUUAAACAAUGUGUGUGCCGAGAAGAUGGACUGGUCUGGAAGUCUCUGGGAAUGGUUUAGAAGUUCAUGGACCUAUAAGGAUGACCCAUGCCAAAAAUACUAUGAGCUCUUAUUAGUCAACCCUAUUUGGUUGGUCCCACCAACAAAGGCACUGGCCGUUACAUUCACCAACUUUGUCACAGAGCCGCUGAAGCACAUUGGAAAAGGAGCUGGUGAAUUUAUUAGAGCACUCAUGAAGGAGAUCCCAGUGUUACUGCACAUUCCGGUGCUGAUAACUAUGGCAUUAGCUGUCCUGAGUUUCUGCUAUGGUGCUGGAAAAUCAGUUAAUGUGCUGAGACACAUAGGUGGUCCUGAAAGAGAACCGCCCUGGGCCCUUCUGCCAAGUGAUAGAAGACGGCAGCGGGAAGUUGACUACAGACCCCAUGGUGGAGCAGGUGAUGCAGAUUUCUGUUAUAGAGGCCAGAUUGGCCCCCCUGAGCAAGGCCUGUAUGACAAAACCUAUGAGGGUAGAAGAGACGUUUUGAGAGAGAGAGAUGUUGACUUGAGAUUUCAGACUGGCAACAAGAGCCUUGCAGUGCUCCCGGCACAUGAUUUACCACGCGCAGAGGCGAGAGAGCAUCCCAAGGAGGUACCCAGUCAUAAAUCACCCAUUUCGGAUACAAAGCCCAAAGACAUUGGUGGAAUCCCAGGAGAAAGCACACUGACGGAAAGCAGUACUAAAAGCAGCCAGUCGGCUAAGCCUGUCUCUGGCCAAGAGAUGUCAGAGAGUGUGGAAGGUUCACCAGCAGUGGAAAAGGCCCAGCUCAAGACUGAUGCCAGAGGCAGCCCAGCGAGCACUGACACGGGAGCACGUGGAAAGGAUCUGGACAGCGGCCCAUGAGUCUAGAGGAACACAGACUUGAACCACAGAUCUGAGAUCAUCUUUGGGUUUUGUAAAGUAUAUUCUUCACAACUAUUUACUCUUCUCUACAAAUAUUCUGAUAUUUACUACACAGGUGCCAACUUAUUAGUAUUUUUACUGACAAUCAGAAUUAACAUUAACAGAAUUAACAAACACUCAUGUAUUUGUUUAAUUUCAUCUUUCAUCUGUUUAAUUUCAUCUUCUCUUUGAUAUUAAGAUAAAUCCCAUAAAGUUUUGAGGUGUUAAUUUGGGAACAAGAUCUCAUAGAUGAACAUAUGGCAAGAUCACUGAUUCUGAAUAGUUAAGGAGGCCAGUUUGAAUUAAAGAACAUUGAAAAAGAAGUUUUAUUGUUUACAGGCAUAUAUAGGAACUAACCUAACUAACUAAGUGUAUAUUUGUGGAAGGCCUGUAAUACCUACUUUAGUUAACAGAAUAAUUGGUUGUGCAGUGGAUUCAAAAUGUUUCCAAAAGUGGUAGGUACUCAAAAACAAUUUUUAAGGAAAGUCUAUUAUAGUCAAGUCUACCCUCUUCAUGCACUUCAGCAUCGUAAUGCAGCCACGGCGCCUGCAGCCCCAGCGUCCAUUUCUGCCUGUGUAGGCUGCCCACAGAUCAAAGUGGCUUUGUAGUUUCAUAACCUACCUUCAUCUCGCAACUCUGGGCAGCUGUUACUGGGCCUGCUCCCUUAUCACCCUUUUUACUUUAUCCUUAGAUAUGACAGAACUGAAGGUUGCCAAGGGAAUUUAGAUAACAUAGCUUGUUAACUUGGUAAUCUCAGUUAUACACGGUCAACAGACUUGGAGAAUGGCUUCUUUCCCCACCAAAUGAAGUGCACAGGCUUUAUAAGACCUAUUUUCCUUGUUGCUCAGAAUCCCAGCAGUUGAGACGGUUAGCUAUUACUGUGUCUUGUUUAUAUUAUAGCAAACCAUAUUGUCUGAGCCUUCUGAAGUUCUGAUAUUUAGAGAUCUGUACAUCGAGAAUAGCAUGAUAAGGAAAACAUAGUAGGGUGUUUCUCUUAACUAGACAGGUGAUACAAUCAACAUUUUAAUUAGUUAUUCUGAUUUUAAAAUUUAUUCAUCUUAAACCUUUUUUAUUUUUUUAUUUUUAUUUUUUUGUGUGAGGGAGAUCAGCCUUGAGCUAACAUCCAAUGCCAGUCCUCUUCUUUUUUGCUGAGGAAUAUCGGCCCUGGGCUAACAUCCGUGCCCAUCUUCCUCCACUUUAUAUGCGAUGCCACCACAGCCUGGCUUGACAAGCAGUGCGUUGGUGCACGCCCGGGAUCCAAACUGGCAAAACCUGGGCUGCCAAAGCGGAGCGCACGCACUUAACCGCUGCGCCGGCCCCUUAAACCUUUUUUAAAAAGCAGUUUAUAAAUUUUGCACACAUACCUGGCUGGGAAGCAGAUUUCACAUACAGGUGUCCUUUGUUUGAACCUUCACACUACAGGUUAUGUUCAGCUGCUUACUAAAAACGAUACCAGUCAGGAAUAAUCUUAAAAUUUGCGUGCAAGCAUUUGUUUCAGGAAAAAAAGAUGCAUUGAAAGCAUCUACUUUCUGAUAUAUUUUUUACAUGAAAUGCAAAAUAUCCCUUUUUGGCUCUUAGAAGUGUCACUUAGAUGCUUUUAACAAUUUAAUUUUAUAUGUUAAUAUUAUUUUCUAGUUUAAUAUUGCAAAGAUCUUGAGUAUUUCAUCAGAAAGGUAAUAUUUUUUUCCCAAGAAAUACAAAAGGAUUUUAUAUAAAAAUUUAUAACAGUAGGCAUGUAACGAAUGAACUAAUGAGAGGAUGCUUGCAGUUUGGAAUAGAUCUGUGAACGUCGAUGCAUAUGAAGUAGUCCUCUCGGGGGGUGGACCUGUUCUCACUGGUUUUGAAUAUGCUCCCAAGGUGGUAGUUGUCCUCUGAGCUGUGAUUCGAUUCUGAAGAGAAAUGCAUGUGCCAGGUGAUAACUAUGAGAGUAGAGUUGUUGCUGUACGCACUCCUGACUGCUUUUUAUCAAUCCAAAAAUGAAUCUUUAAAAAAAAUUUUAAGUAAAAUUUCAUCUUUGUAUUCUUUCGUUACAGAUAACAUUUGGGGAUGAAAUCUACUUUGUCAGCUAGCAAGGCAACAUGGUACUGCUGUUGAAUGAUUGCAGCAAUUCAGGGAAGACUUAUUAAAGCAAAUUGAACAUAUCAAGGCCAGUUUAUAACUAGAAGAGAUAGGCUUGUUUAUUGUCUAGCCAAUAUUUAUCAUUAAAAUCAAGGAUUAUAGUGACAAGCUUUUAGGAAAAUCAGAAUGGGGUAGACAGCUUUUAAAGGCAAUUUUUAAAUGGAAUAGAUAUUAAUGUUGAAUGUUUAUAGGGUCUAAGAAAUACCAUAUACACAAAAUAAACACUUAUUUUUACAUUAUUGUGGUUUGGUAUGCUGUCUUUGCUUAUUGAGUAUUCUUAUAAGAAAAAGCCCCAUGAAACUUAGGUGCAGUUUUUAAAAGGAUGCCAUGCAGGAUAUUAUACCCUAUAUAUAAUAAUAAAACAAUAUAAACCAA